AUGCUCGAGCAAUGCUCCAGCAAAUUCGCAGAGCGCGCUUUCUUGCUGCCACCGCCUACUCCACAGGGUUUGCCGAUGGGCAGUUGCGCCUCCUAUACUGAGGACGUAUUCUACGAAGCAAUCGGCAGGCGUCUGCAGGUGAAGCUGGCGGCCACUGUACUCUUUAGUAUCCCGACUGGUUCUCAGCUGACUGGGGCCGAGCCGACAGACGCUUACCACACGUCUAUCAUCUUGAACAGCGCUUAUGAAUUAGUUUUUAGCUCUAGAGGGGUGAUGCGAUUACCACCCUUCGAAAGUCACAGGAAUCUGAAUCACGAACUUCUAAUCGAAGAUGUUGGGCAUUCCUACGUCGACGUUGCCGAGAUGAUGCGCAACGUGUUGCCGUAUUUUAAGCCUGGGACGUAUGAUCUUAUUCGGAAGAAUUGCAAUUCGUUCACAGAUUGCGCAUUAUUUUUCUUGUUGGGGAUACGAUUGGACCCCAAGUACCGCGUACUCGACAGAUUAUGUAAGUGGGGGCAAAACUCUUUUGGCUUAGUGGACGGGCUGAAGCUCAUCGGUUCCGCGGGGGGUCAUCUCAUUGAGAUGCGAUCAUCAGCAAACUUCGAUCAUCAGCACGGUGGCGGAUAUUACAAUCUUAGCAUUCGAUGUGUUCUUGUUCUCAGCAAGUGGCCCUUCUCUUGCGUGUCAGAAUGCUGUUUUUGCGGCAAGUAUUGCGCAUGCCCGUUGAAUGGUGAGAGCGACGGGCAGCACGCGCUCCAUCAUUUUCCAAUGUUCGUCCGAGUGCAAUGGGUCAGAUUUUCCAUGGGUAAUCGAGGGCCGGUAUUUGACCUGCCACUGGCAUGCAUGCUUUGUAGCACGUACCGGAAAGCAUGA